UUAAAUUCAACACUUAGAUCCUGCGAAGAGACAACUAUUGGACUGGGAAAGGCGAUACAAGAUCAUAGGAGGGGUAGCACGAGGACUGCUAUACCUUCACGAAGAUUCAAGGCUUCGAAUUAUUCACCGUGAUCUAAAAGCUAGUAACGUCUUGUUAGAUUCGAAGAUGAAUGCAAAAAUUGCAGAUUUUGGGAUGGCUAGAUUGUCUGUAAUGGAUGAAACUCAAGGAAAUACUAGGAGAAUUGUUGGGACCUAUGGAUACAUGGCUCCAGAGUAUGCAAUGCAUGGAAACUUUUCAGUCAAAUCAGAUGUAUUCAGUUUCGGUGUUUUAGUGCUUGAGAUCGUGAGUGGUCAACGAAACAACUCGUUUCGCAAUGGAGAAAACGUGGAAGAUUUAUUGAGCUUUGCUUGGAAAAGUUGGAAGGAAGGAACGGCUUCAAACUUGAUAGAUCCAACGGUGAGAGGUGGAAGGGAAUCGAUAAGCGAGAUUGUGAGAUGUAUUCAUAUUGGUCUUUUGUGUUGUCAAUCUAAAGUGGCGGAUAGACCGACAAUGGCUUCUGUGGUUCUCAUGCUUAACAGCUUCUCUCUUACACUUGCAUUACCUUCAGAACCCGCUUUCUUUAAUGGUGUAAGGACCGAAUACACUACUACAUCUCAAGAGGAGGAUAUUAACUUCUCCAACAAUGAUAUUUCAUUGAGCCAGAUAGUUUGGAUUUGGAUCAUCAUUAGAAUCGUUCUUCUUCUUCAAUUACCCAUCACGACUUUUAUCCGUUUAGCCAGAGCCGCCGAGCCAAACUAUGUGAACCACUUCUGUGUGAACACCGGAAACUACACCAACGCCAGCACCUACCAAACAAACCUUAACAAUCUCCUUUCCUCUCUCCCCUCCAUCGUUGAUCAAUAUGGCUUCACCAAUUCCACCGCCGGCCGUGACCCCGACCGGGUUUACGCUCUCGUCCUCUGCCGUGGAGACGUCGAUGUCGACAGCUGCCGUAGUUGCACUAUAUCCUCUGUUUCUAGGCUUCCAGCAGCGCUCUGCCCAGGAUACAAAGACGCAAUCUUGUGGUUCGAUCUAUGUAUGCUUCGCUACUCCAGCCGGUCUAUUACCGGUUUCAUAUCAACCGGUCAACAUUUCUUCUUAGUCAACCCAUACAACGCCACUAGUAUAGUUCAAUUUAACUAUGCCUUGAUGACGUUCCUGACCCAUCUGAGAACAACAGCUGCAGCCGGCGGCCCACUCCGGAAAUUCGCCGCAGGGAAUACGACGGGGCCGGACUUUCAGAAGCUUUAUGCUCUUGUGCAGUGCACACCUGAUUUAUCGGAGCAACUAUGUAAUGAUUGCUUAAAGAGGGCUAUGUCGGAAAUUCCGGAUUGCUGCGAUGGAAAGGUCGGCGUUAGAGUAUUUUACCCUAGUUGUACUUUAUGGUCUGAGAAUUAUCCCUUCUUUGAUGUGAUAGCUGUUCAAGCUUUAUCGCCGCCGCCGCCGCCGCCGUCUUCUGUAGAAGCACCAUCUUUCAUUUCUGGUUCAGCAGAAAAGCAGAGUAACAAGAAUCGAACGGCGAUCAUUGGUAUUGCUGUUUCCAUUAGCAUCCUAGGGAUUCUGAUUCUCAUUAUCUCUACUUGGUUGAUCUUCUCAAAGAGAAGGAAGCAAAGAAGAUCAAUCCAGAAUGUGAAGAUAGAUGGUAUGAGCACUUUUGAAACAUUGCAAUACACCACUGAUACAAUUCGAGCUGCCACAAAUGAUUUCUCCGAUGAUAAUAAGCUUGGGCAAGGCGGUUUUGGUGCAGUUUACAAGGGUAAACUUGCUAAUGGUCAAGAUGUUGCUGUAAAAAGAUUAUGUAGAGGGGGUGGUCAAGGUGAAGAGGAAUUCAAGAAUGAAAUCGUGCUGCUGGCCAAUCUUCAGCAUAGGAACCUGGUUAGAAUUCUCGGGUUCUGUCUCCAAGGAACGAACAUGCUUUUAGUUUAUGAAUUGUUCGCCAACUCGAGCCUUGAUCGCUUUUUAUUUGAUCCUGUCAAGAGAGCACAACUUGAUUGGAGAAAGCGACACAAGAUCAUAACAGGGGUUGCUAGAGGAAUGUUAUAUCUUCACGAAGAUUCAAGGCUGCGAAUCAUUCACCGUGAUUUAAAAGCUGGCAAUGUUUUGUUAGAUGCAGAGAUGAAUGCAAAAAUUUCAGAUUUUGGAAUGGCUAGAUUAUUUGCGAGGGAUGAAACUCGAGGAAAUACCAGGAGAAUAGCAGGGACUUACGGUUACAUGGCUCCAGAGUAUGCAUUGCAUGGUCAGUUCUCGGUGAAGUCGGAUGUCUUCAGCUUUGGCUUGUUGAUACUUGAGAUUGUGUGUGGUAAAAAGAACUCUCAGGACAAUGGCGAUUAUGUGGAACACCUUUUGAGUAACGUUUGGAGAAGUUGGAGAGAUGGAGAAGGGAAUGAAAUGAGUUGUGAUGAUAUCAUAGAUCCAAUAAUGCUCAGAGAUAAUAGAAUGGAUCAUACCAUAAUGAUGAUGAUGAAGAGGUGCAUUCAUACUGGACUUUUGUGCUGUCAAGAGAAUGCUGAAAACAGACCAACAAUGGCCGGAGUAGUUCAAAUGCUUAACAAUUUGCCUCUCACCAGCUUGCCAUCACCCUUUAAACCUGGGUUUUACAUGCAUGGCGGUGAUGAUGAUCAUCAUGGGCCGAAUCAAAACUCUCAACAAUAUUCAAAUCAGGAGGAUUCCAUCUCUCAUGUUUAUCCCAGAUGAGAAUCAAUGGAUCAAAAAGAUAAUCCUUCCUAGACCCCUUUAAGCACAAGGAAAAAAAAAAUGUAAUUUGUGGCUGCUGGGAUUCGAGCCCAGGUCUCCACGGCCACAACGUGGAAUUCUUACCACUAAACUACAGCCACUUUGGUGCUAAAAUAAGUAUAUAAAUUUAAUAAUAGAUUUUUACCACUAGUUUGUUGUGUAGUGAAUUACUCCUUUCU